AUGGGCGGCGCCGGGGCGACCUGAUGUUCCCGGCGGCCCGUGCGUCGGCGGUGGUUGGGUGGUAAGAUGGCGGCUGUGAGUCUGCGGCUCGGCGAUUUGGUGUGGGGGAAACUCGGCCGGUAUCCUCCUUGGCCAGGAAAGAUUGUUAAUCCACCCAAAGACUUGAAGAAACCGCGUGGAAAGAAAUGCUUCUUUGUGAAGUUUUUUGGAACAGAAGAUCAUGCCUGGAUCAAAGUGGAACAGCUAAAGCCAUACCAUGCGCACAAGGAGGAAAUGAUAAAGAUUAACAAGGGAAAACGGUUCCAGCAAGCUGUGGAUGCCGUUGAAGAGUUCCUCCGGAGAGCCAAAGGGAAAGACCAGACAUCGUCCCACAAUUCUGCUGAUGACAAGAAUCGGCGUAAUUCCAGUGAGGAGAGAAGUAGGCCAAACUCAGGUGAUGAGAAGCGGAAGCUUAGCCUGUCUGAAGGGAAGGUGAAGAAGAACAUGGGAGAAGGAAAGAAGAGGGUGUCUUCAGGCUCUUCAGAGAGAGGCUCCAAGUCCCCUCUGAAAAGAGCCCAAGAGCAGAGUCCCCGGAAACGGGGUCGGCCCCCAAAGGAUGAGAAGGAUCUCACCAUCCCUGAGUCUAGUACCGUGAAGGGGGUGAUGGCUGGACCGAUGGCCGCGUUUAAAUGGCAGCCAACUGUGAGCGAGCCUGUGAAAGAUGCAGACCCUCAUUUCCAUCAUUUCCUGCUCAGCCAAACUGAGAAGCCAGCUGUCUGUUACCAAGCAAUCACAAAGAAGUUGAAAAUAUGUGAAGAGGAAACCGGGUCCACCUCCAUCCAGGCAGCAGACAGCACAGCCGUGAAUGGCAGCAUCACACCCACAGACAAAAAGAUAGGAUUUUUGGGCCUUGGCCUCAUGGGAAGUGGCAUCGUCUCCAACUUGCUAAAAAUGGGUCACACAGUAACCGUCUGGAACCGGACUGCAGAGAAAUGUGAUUUGUUCAUCCAGGAGGGGGCCCGCCUAGGAAGAACCCCCGCUGAAGUCGUUUCAACUUGUGACAUCACCUUCGCCUGCGUGUCAGACCCCAAGGCAGCCAAGGACCUGGUGCUGGGCCCCAGUGGUGUACUGCAAGGGAUCCGCCCUGGGAAGUGCUAUGUGGACAUGUCAACAGUGGAUGCUGACACAGUCACUGAGCUGGCCCAGGUGAUUGUGUCCAGGGGGGGCCGCUUUCUGGAAGCCCCGGUCUCAGGGAAUCAGCAGCUGUCUAAUGACGGGAUGUUGGUGAUCUUAGCAGCAGGAGACAGGGGCUUGUAUGAGGACUGCAGCAGCUGCUUCCAGGCAAUGGGGAAGACCUCCUUCUUUCUAGGUGAGGUUGGCAACGCAGCCAAGAUGAUGCUGAUCGUGAACAUGGUCCAGGGAAGCUUCAUGGCCACCAUCGCUGAGGGCUUGACCCUGGCCCAAGUGACAGGCCAGUCCCAGCAGACACUCUUGGACAUCCUCAAUCAGGGACAGUUGGCCAGCAUCUUCCUGGACCAGAAGUGCCAAAAUAUCCUGCAAGGAAACUUUAAGCCUGAUUUCUACCUGAAGUACAUCCAGAAGGAUCUCCGCUUAGCCAUUGCCCUGGGUGAUGCGGUCAACCAUCCUACUCCUAUGGCAGCUGCAGCCAACGAGGUGUACAAAAGAGCCAAGGCACUGGACCAGUCUGACAACGACAUGUCUGCCGUGUACCGAGCCUAUAUACACUAAGCCCUCGAUACCCCAUCCCUGCCCCCCAAGUCUUCCCUCUGGCCCCUCCUCCUCACAUGGGGUUGGGGUCCUGGGACUUAGCUCUGGACCAGUCCACCUGUCUCCAUCUCCUUUUCUACAGACUUUGAGACUUGCCAUCAGCACAGCACACAGCGUCACCCCUCCCCUGGAGGUCCUGGGGAGGGGAGGGGUGUCAGCAGGAUUGGCCUUUGGGAAAGCUCUUGAGCUGGGCACUGGCCCCGGACUAGGUGGCUGUGUGUUCACACACACACACACACACACACACACACACACACCCUACACACCACACACUGGCUCUCGCCCCAGGAUAGAAGCUGCCCAGAAACUGCUGCCUGGCUUUUUUUUCCUCCUGAGCUUGUCUUAUCUCAGACCCUUUCCAGUAGAGGAACUAGAAUCAGCAGUGAGAACUGGAAGCCUUCCCACUGCUGCCGUCCCUCAGAGCAAAGAGGCUGUGGUUACGUCCACGUCCCCCCACUGGAUCCCCCAUGUGAGAGAGAGGCUCUGGGUCAAGAUGAGCCAGCACCGACUCCAAACAGAGGGUCCCCCAUGGGCCCUCCAACCUCAGGUGACCAGCUGAUGAGGAUUGUCAUAUUUAAGCUACCAAUGUGCAACCAACUCUCCGUAAAUGCCUUUGUGAACUGAAAAGAGAUGGGCAAAGUUGAGCGAACACAGGGCUCUGGCUCUCCAGGGAGAGCAGCAAAUCGCCAGCACGUUAGGUGAGCCUCACAGAAGCCUGCUCUCCUCGCCGCUCUUGAGCACCUGUCCCAGAAGUCACCAUCACUGCAGAGCCCUGGGCUGGGAUCAGACUUCCUCACUUUGGUGUAGGGGGAGCUCACUCCUCACCAGGCUCUUAGUAUUUGGAUUUGCAUUCCAGCCCUUGGGAAGGGGAUCCUGAGGGCCACCAGGGAGGAGCAAAGAGGGAGGAGAGUGGGGUUCCUUCCUGUUUCCGUUAUGCUGCAGACUCCACCUGGAGCCACUCUGACUGGGUCCCCUCACAGCAGUCCCAUCCUCUCCAACCUGCUCCUGCACAUGUUCCCCACCUGCCUACCUUUUCAUUCUCCCUUCCUCCUCUUCUUCCCAUGGAGACAGUGUUUCUGUCCCUUCUUUGGCCCAAACCCAGCCUGACCAACGAUGGCCAUUUCUUAGGCUCAGCUCUUGAAACAGGAUCGAGUGUCUUCACUUCAGCCAGAAGCAUAGCCUUCAAUGCUUCCAGGGCCCCAGGGCCUUUUGGGAGGGAAGAGAACUGAACCUGACCCAACCUGAACUAACUGACCCGAAGAGGUAGAUCUAAGACAUCUUUGAGACCCUAACAUUUCUCCUUGGAUAGGGGACCAGAGGGACUUACGAUGUGGUGUAAAAACAAGGAGAAGUCACCCAAAGGAUGUCCAUGUUCUCUCCCUCUAUAUGGGUUGAAUUUUCCAAAGUUAUACUUUGCAGGUCAGCAUUUCUAGUGAAUAUAUAUAAUGAGCAGACCACACUGGUGUGGGCCCCUCCCCCUCACAAAUUUGGCCCUUUUCCACUGAUAGAACCCAGGCUAGGGGAUCUCAGAAGACACAGGGGGGAGGGCAGGGAAGAUGCCUGCGGGUUUUUGGCAUAAUUUCACUGGGAUUUGGAAUUCUUUUCUGUCUGAACACAAAGCCUGUUCUAGUCCUAGCCGGACACUCGGGGUUGGGGGUGGGAGGGUGGGGGUGGGGGAAGAUGCUGUAAUGAAACUGGUUAGUCAAUGUUGUCUUAAUAUUGUUGACAAUUCUGUAAAGUUUCUUUUUAUGACUAUUUCUGUUUAAGCUAUUUCACCUUUGUUUUGAAAUCCUUCCCUUUUAGAAGAAAAUGUGACACUUGUGAAAAAGCUUGUAAGAAAGCCCCUCUUCCACCAUCCCUUUUUUUUCCCUUUAAACCUACUCUAAAUGACAAAUCUUCUAGGUAAUUAAGGUUGUGAAUUUUUAUUUUUGCUUUGUUUUUAAUGAGCAUUUGUCUUUCAGAAUAGGAUUGUGUGAUGUUUAAAUGGCAAAAACAAAACAUGAUUUUGUGCAAUUAACAAAAAAAGCUACUGCAAGCAAAAUAAAACGUUUCUUGGUAACACAA